AUGGUUGAAGUCGGCGUUUUUGAAAGUAUUUUUAUCGGCAACACCAUUGCUACAGUGGAAGACAUAUCCUUGAAGGAGUUAAGCGGUGUCAUUUCAUACACUGAAUGGUUUGCGGAGGAUCGGCGCUGGUUGUUCAGUAAUGAAUCUGGCAACAGUGAUAUUUUAGUACUGAAACUGUCAAAUGUUUCCCUUAUUCCAACAACCGGAGAAUGCUAUGGUCACUUAUCGUUGCCUGAACUUGCGCCAACAUGCAAUCCACCGUUUCCUUGCAUAAUCUACACAAAAGUCUCUUCCAAGUGCGAUUUUUAUGCAUUACGUUACAAUCUUGCGGCGACUGGAAGAUGCGAGCAGAAUGCCUUUUUCUUUUCUGAUAAACUCCCGAGAUCAAUCAAGUUUGAGGCUUCAGAAGUCUGGGGCACGAAGAAAACUUUCAAUAUUGACUACAAUUUCAUUUCUUGUGCUGCAUCAACAACGGAACCUAAAAAAACUAACAGUACCCAAGAAGCAGUCACAACCUCACAACAAAAUGCAACAUUUCAAAUGUACACAGCGCCGGCAAAGGGGGGGAACACGACGGAUCAGGAGAUCAGAUACAUGACAUCUGUGGUUGUCAAUCGAGUUUCGACAACAGUCAUUGAAACAAAUCUGACAACGGAGCAGGGAGACGUUGUACAGAACACAACCACGCCACAAUCUAGCAAAGCGACAGCCGGAGGAAUCAAAUCAGCAAUAUCAAUGACGAACUUCGCAAUUAUCGUAGCUGUCGUCGGUGCUCUAUUGAUCAUCGCCAUAGUAGCGAUAAUUUUUAUGUAUUGCAAGAUGAGGUCUAGGCGUUCGGCUUCUCUGACAACACUAAGUCAACAAGAAAGCGCAAAACCAGACGGGCAAAGUGGAGAAGUUGAAAUGAUGGAAAACCCUGCUGAAGUGUUAACAUCAACCAUGGAUGCAGCUCCGAUAAAAGUCAUCGCUUUCUCUGAAAAUUCCAACCAAGGCUCUUCCGAUGUAGGAAUGGUUGACGUUAGUUUACAAGAAUAAGUGAGCGCUAAUUAAGCAAAGUUGAGGAAGCCAAAAAUUUCAAAUAAACGAACACGACUUCAU